AUGGUGAACAAACAAUUGCCACCGAAAGUGUUGGAGCCAAUUGUACAGAAUAAAAUUGUUGAAGUGCCCAAGGAAGUGUAUCUGGAAAAAAUUGUGGAGGUCCCUCAAAUCAAGACAGUCGAAAGGAUAGUGGAGCAAAUAAGGCCAGUCAUUAAGUACAAAAAUGUGUACAAAACGAAGACAGUAUAUGUUGAGAAGAUAAAAAAUGUGGAUAGGAUUAUAUAUCAAGAAAAAAUUGUGGAAGUCCCACAAAUAAAAACGAUCGAAAAAAUUGUUGAAGUGCCAGUUUACGUUGAUAGGGAAAGAAUCAUAACCGUGCCAAGGUACAUGGUCGUAGAGAAAGUAAUCCCCGUUUUGAAAACUACCAAAAAGGAAAGCGUAGAAAGUAAGGAGGAAAUUCAGAUAGAGGACUUGAAACAAAACCAGACAACUAACGUUAUCCACGAAAAAGAUAUUCAACUCCUGAACGAACUAAACAUCCAGAAGAUGCAUUCCAGUGCAACACUCAAUGCUGAAGCUGAUCAGGACACUACCGCGGAUACUAUCCAUAAUGAGAAUUUUUGCUCAACCGUCAGCUGCAAAUUUUUGCCCACGUAUGAUAACUUCCCCAAAAUGCAAUCUUCCAUGUGUAAUGGAUUUCCGGAAAGGGAAAAAAGGUUCUCAAGCUUAAGCAUAUACAAAUCCAAGGACGCGGGGUUCCCCAAAAUUAGGAUUUCCAAGACGCCUCAGUUUAUUCAGAGAAACUGCUACUGCAACUACGCCUGA